AUGCCCAUCGCGUCUACAACAACACGCAGACAAAGAUAUAAGGGUGUGCGGGAAUUGAGCCAGAGGGGUACUCAUGAAGUGAUAAUUUAUGAAGUCCCAAAUAGCCCUCUCGCUUACGUGUUUCAAUAUCUUCGCAAGACUGCCACGGAAACCAUCGCCACCUAUCAAUGCAGGCACUGUAAAAAGGAAAAGAAAUACACCGCCGUUUUAGUAAGCGACGAUGAGUUACUGGAAGAUCCAACAAGAUUGGGACAUAUGUGCAUACCAGUUGAAAGAACUAAGGACAAAACUGAACGACUUUCUUACGAAACGACGCAAAACAUACGGAAAAAUCCGGAAGCUUCGAUAAUUCCCACCAUAAACUAUUGGUUGAAAGUCGUAGACAAUAUCGAAAACAUGACCUGGGGAGAUGUCCAAAAGCGAUUAGCUGUCUUGCUCCACUAUUUUAAAAAAGGAUACAAAAGCAGGAGUUCAGCGUAUACAAGGUCAGUAAAACGUUCAUUAGGGGACGUCGACAUGGACAAUGUUCCAGAAAUGCUCCAAAUACUUUCCAAUGGAAGCCGUUUUUUGCAGUUCCAACAGCCAAACAUGCAUAUAUACAUGUGCGAUGAUAUUGUCAAGAUCCCCCUUUUAUAUGCAAUAAUGAGGCACAAGCGCGAGGACGACUACCUCGUGAUUUUCGAAAAGGUGAAGAGCAGCUUGCAGGUUUCUGACAGCUACACUCAAGAAACAGAAAUCCAAAUGCGGCUGCCAUCAACGCUGCAAGAAGAACGUUCAGCUGCUCAGUGCAGGGUUGCUCCUGGUACUUGA